AGAAAACCCCAUCACACUAUGCUAUUGGAGUUUUACUCCCUCCUCGGUCGCUAUGCUGCUUGGGGUGCAUUGUACAAUAGUUACUCCAAGACGGAGAGCGUGGGAGCAGCGAGCAAGUUGAGGAACGAACAUGCCAGAAUGAACUGGAUAUUCCCCAAACGUGGGGAGGUCGUCGGGGCAGGGGAAGUGCUGGCAACAACCGUUUCCCGGACUCCAUUAAUGUAUCAUUGGCAGCCUGGGACUGGUGAGACUGGUGAGACUGGUGCUGGUGCUGGUGGAGGCAGACGGAUUUUUUCUUAUUCUUUUUGGCAUUGGGCCAUCAGGAUCUUUGGUGCUCGUUCUCCUUCGCCUCGUGUCAGAUGGGGCUUGUUGGCCAACGUACCGCGCUGUUCCGAGUGUAAGCAGGUGCAAGCAGAGGAGAACAACUCAACUGGAGAGAAGAGAUACGAAGAGAUAACUACAAUACAGUGCGGAGAGUUUUGCUGCUGGCUCUGUGGUGGGUGGGGUGGGGGUGGUUCACCGGGGUGGAGAGGGGGGUCCGGUCCAGACUGACUGCCGAAUUGGGGAGGGAGUGUUCUAGAGUGGCAAAGAAGCAUUCAUUCAUUUUAACUAUCAUUCUUUCCCAGCACGCGAGGGCGAGGGGGGGGCAAAACCUAAAAAUAUGACCAUUUUAUGAUCUAAUUCGGGAUCACAAGCGGAUUGACCAAACGUUUUAGGAAUUCCGCGCCAAGUCAUCCGAAUGCGGGGAAGUUCAUAUAGAUUCAAACAUAGUGGGAAAAUAAAGGAUGGAAACGGUGAAAAAGUAGCGUACAAGACCUUCAGAGCCACAAGUUUGGCCAUUCUGGGUGGUCCGAAAUAAUAUUGAACAGCAGAGUUUCCAUAAUCACACAGAAUAAUAGAAGAAAGCAAAUAAGAAGAAAUGAAGUGACAACAAAGCAAGCGCAAGCUCAACGACAGUACAACUACUGUACUAUACUGCAACCCAAUUCAGAAAUUCUUCAAGGUGUAUAUACAUAAUAAUAAACAGGAGGAAAUCCAAAAUUCAAGACGCUACAUGUUUUCUUUGCCCCACAUACAGAGACCGCAUGUGUCGAAAUUAAAACAAAUCCUAUCUUUAAAACUCGCAAGCUCUCAAGAUAACGGCGGGAAAUUCCUCACAAAGCUGCGCAACAUCAGUAAUAACGCUUUUCAAAAGCUAAAUACAAAGCAAUAAAUGUUUGUCGGGGAGCCUUUCAAAGUUCCGAGUGGAGAAAACGGUCGACCCAGGCAAGGCGGGGCGCGAGAGCGGAGAGGGGAAGAACGGGGCGGGCAAAGAGGAAAAGGAAAAGGGAAAAAACUCACUGCGCGGGGCACUCAUAUCCAC